UUUACCACCGGCGAAGAUGAGUCGCUGCUUUGCUUCAAAGAUUUCACAGCUGAGUCUAUUCUUUCCAGGCGAGUCUAUUCUUUCCUUUCAAUUGGUCUUAUACGCGAAUCAAAUGUUCAAUUUCAUUUGUAAGAAAUUUCCCCAUUUGAGGUCCUCUGCGAGAUCUUCAUUCACUACUUACAAACCCUAUGGAACAAAAUCUGGCAUUGAAUCCCCAAACCAAGCCAAGAAACACUCAUAUGCAGUUUCUUAUCUCGUUAAUACAUUUGGGUUUGCUCCAGAAAAAGCUCUUUCAGCUUCCAAAUAUACGAAAUUUGCAUCCCCAGAUAAACCAGAGUCAGUUCUUUCUUUCCUGGAAAAUCAUGGGUUCACUAAAUCCCAGGUUUCAACCGUUGUUAAAAGGUACCCUCCCGUCCUGUUAUGUGAUCCUCAGAACACCCUUUUGCCCAAGAUUGAAUUUUUCAGGUCCUUAGGGUUCGCAGAAAAAGACUUCACUCGAAUACUCUGUGUGGCUCCUGCCAUUUUGAAGAGAAGCUUGGAGAAUCAGCUCUUGCCAACUGUAGAUUUCCUUAAAAAAUUUCUAUCUUCACCUGAGGAAAUUAGGCUUUCCAUUAAAAGGUGCCCCCAGAUUUUUUUCCCAGAUCGUCAGGCUUUUAUGGAGGAUAAUGUUCAGCUUUUGAGGGAAAUGGGAGUGCCUGAGUUGAAAAUUGCACAUUAUGUUCAAUACCAGCCUUGUUUGUUCAUUAGGGAAAAGGAUAAGUUUAGAAAGAUGCUUGAGGAAAUCAAGGGAAUGGGGUUUGAGCCAACUCGAAACAUGUUUAUUGUUGCAGUUCAUGUAUUCUCUUCCCUGAAUAAAUUGACUUGGGAAAAGAAGAUAGGCAUUUAUAAGAAGUGGGGGAUUUCGGAGGAUGAAAUUCUUGAAGCUUUUAGCAGGCAUCCUAUGUUCAUGUCUUACUCCGAAGAGAAUAUUAUGGGGACGAUGGAUUUUCUCGUGAACAGAAUGGGUUUCGCAACUUCUGAUGUCAUGAGAUACCCGUUGAUCAUUUCGUAUAGUUUGAAGGAGAGGAUUAUUCCUAGAUGUUUUGUUUAUCAAACGUUGUUGGCCAAGGGCUUGUUGCCUGCAAACGACAUCACUGUACUUGUUAGGAUUUUGAAAGUUUCUGAAGAAAAGUUUCUAACCAAGUUUGUGGAGUGCUAUGGGAAAGAAGUCCCCGAGCUGCCAAAGCUAUAUCAGUUGUCUUGCCUGAGCGGCUGGUUUGAGCUGAGCAUGGUGACCGGGGACUCUUCUUACAUAAAUCAAAUGUUCGGUUUCGUUUGUAAGAAAUUUCCGCAUUUGAGGUCCGCUGCUAGAUCUUCUGUCACUAUUUAUAAAUUUUAUGGAACAAAAGCGGGAGAUGAAUCCUUAAAUCAAGUGAAGCAAGAAUCCUUGGUAGUUUCUUAUCUCGUGAAUAGAUGUGGGUUUGCUCCAGAAAAGGCUCUUUCAGCUUCUAGUUAUAUAAAAUUUAAAAAGCCAGAUAAACCAGACUCUGUGCUUUCGUUCUUGAAAAGCCAUGGAUUCUCAGAAACUCAGGUCUUAAAAGUUGUUCAAAGGUGCCCUCCAAUCCUGCUAUGUGAUCCUCAGAAUACCCUUUUGCCAAAGAUUGAAUUUUUCAAGUCUUUAGGGUUUACGGAGGAGGAUUUUACUCAUAUACUAUGUAGAGCCCCUAGUAUUUUCAAAAGAAGCUUGGAGAAUCAGCUCUUGCCGACUAUAAAUUUCCUUGAAAGAUUCAUUUCCUCUCCGGAGAAAAUAAGAGUUUGCGUGAAACGGGGUUCAUGGAUUUUUUCUCCGUCUUGUCAGGCUUUAAUGGCAAAUAAUGUUAAAGUUUUGAGGGAAAUGGGAGUGCCUGAAUCGAGAAUUUUGCAUUAUGUUCAUCACCAGCCUAGGUUGAUCACCAAGGACAAAGACAAGUUUAGAAAGAUUCUGGAGGAAGUGAAGGGACUGGGGUUUGAGCCGUCGAGGAAAACAUUUAUGGUGGCGGUUCAUGUGUUCUGUUCCAUGAGUAAAUCGACUUGGGAAAAGAAGAUACGUAUUUAUAAGAAGUGGGGGCUUACAGAGGCUGAGAUUCUUGAAACCUUUGGGAAGAAUCCUUGGUUCAUGUCAUGCUCCGAGGAAAAGAUUCUAGGGGCGAUGGAUUUUCUCGUCAACAAAAUGGGGUUCAAACCUUCUGAUCUUAUGAGAAACCCUGUGAUCAUUACUUUUAGUUUGAAGAAGAGGAUUAUUCCUCGAUGUUUGGUUUAUCAAACUUUGUCGGCUCAGGGUUUGCUAUUGACGGACUUGAAAUUACUCACUAAGAUGUUGUUCGUUUCUGAGGAAAAGUUCCUAAUGGAGUUUGUACAGUGCUACGAGAAAGACGUUCCUGAACUGCUUAAGCUAUAUCAGUUAUCUUGCCUAAAGUAGGCUUUCCCUUAUAGCUGAUUACCAGUUGCUUAGGCAUUCAGCUUCAUUCAUCGCCCACGGCCCUAUCAAGUUACUUCUCGAGCAAAAUCAGUGGGUCUAGGUCAUUACUCUAUGGUAUUCUGCUUGAGAUUUUCUGCAAUUCAUGUUAUCAUUGAAGAUCAGACCAAAUGGAACUCGGUUUUCUGGUUCGUUUAUAAUGGUAGGCUAUUAAGCUAAGAAGUAUACAGAACUGACAUUUCAGGAAAGCCAACAAUAUGCUGCUAGUGAAGCCACAGAUGAGAAUGAUACAUACAACAGUUGCUUAUGUUUUGAUCCCAUUAUUUUUAUAAAUUUCAUAGCUGGUCCCAAAUGUUUUAUUUAUGGUUCAAUUUGAUCCAAUGUUGUAGAAGGCGCUAGAUGCUGGCAGUCGUAAGGUUGUUCCGAGACAACUCCUAGCAAUGACGUUUAACUACCUAGUCAGCGGCAGCCUAGGCUGAGUCUUACAAUGAUUUGAUCUUGAAAUCUUUGUGAUUACAUGGACUCUAGCAAAUAGUUGUCCUUGCAUGAGUAGUUUAUUCAUUUUUUAACAAAUAUUUAAAAGCUUAUUUAAAAAUAAUUUCAGAUUUUAUUUGUUGCAAAAA